AUGGCGUCACCCACAGCUCUUUACCAAAUCCAUUCCCUUUUUCUCUAUAAAACCAAUUACCCCCAACUCUCUCUUUCACAAACUCGUCAAUUUCGUUCCAAUUUCUUCUUUCAAAGGAAGCUAUCAUUCGAGGUGCCCAGGAUGCCAAGGAAAGAAACGGUUGUUGUGUCUGCGACGACGGCGGAAAAGAAGCGACAUCCCGGUGAGGCAAAGGGGUUUGUGGAGGAGAUGAGGUUUGUGGCUAUGAGGUUGCAUACGAAGGACCAGGCUAAGGAAGGUGAGAAAGAAGUUGAAAAGCCUGAAGAGAGAUCCGUCACUAAGUGGGAACCUACUGUCGAUGGUUACUUGAGGUUCCUUGUUGAUAGCAAGCUUGUUUACGAUACACUAGAGAAGAUUGUUCAAGAUGCUGCUUAUCCUUACUAUGCUGAAUUCAAAAAUACUGGAUUGGAAAGAUCUGCAAGUUUGGACAAAGAUUUGGAGUGGUUCAAGGAGCAAGGUUAUACCAUUCCGGAACCUUCAUCUCCUGGUCUUACCUACACACAAUAUCUUACAGAUUUGUCUCACAGCGACCCCCAGGCCUUCAUUUGCCACUUUUACAACAUCUACUUUGCACAUUCAGCUGGCGGUCGAAUGAUUGGAAAGAAGAUUGCUAAGGACAAACUGAAUAAAGUUGCUGAAGAAUGGACUCGAGAAGAGAAGAAUCAUUGUCUGGAAGAAACAGAGAAGUCAUUCAAGUUAUCUGGAGAGAUUCUGCGUCUAAUUCUGUCGUAA